AUGUCUCGAUUACCGUCACGAUUCCAUGCGAUCUUCCAUCGAUUAUCUCUCCUCAUUUUCCCCAUUUUCAUCGGGAUUUCCCAAUCACUUUUAUGCUAUGAUUCCUCAUUUCCGAGUCCUCAUUCAACACAAGAAUGCGGAGAUGGAAUGAUGUGUUAUCAAGAAUACUAUGCAAUUGAUCGUGGUGAUGACAGAGUCGAUCAAUAUUUUGAGAGAUUUUGUGUCGCAAAAAGGGAAUGCGGUUUGAGGGGAUUUCACGGGAUUUGCACUACUUUUGAUACAUUCGAUUCAGCUAUUAAGAGUACAUUCGAGAAAUAUCGUUUACUAACAAAAGGAGUCAAUCGAACGGCAUUGGCACAUUCGAAG